AAUCUAAUCCUCCCUACAAGAAACGAGACGUGCGGUCCCCGCGAAACUAAUAGCACUCCGAAAGGAAUUGUUUUCUAGCCCGAGAAUUGAACCUUCCUCCAGUUGAGCGAGCUACUGAGGUGUCUCCGUAUCCGCGUCGGAUAGCCUCUCGCUAGCCUCGCUUUAGAGAGGAGGGGCCAACUCCUAGAAGCCGCUGGGCAAACGUUUUAGGCCUGCAAACAAUGGAAGCCACCGCCGCGUCCCCCGAACAGGCUGUCUCUGUUUUCCAGGAGUUCCGCGCCAUGUUUUACGCCCUUGGGCCCAACGAGAGCUCUUUCCGCAGCGUCGAGGAAGUUCCCGAUUACGUGGACAAGGCAGUUCCCUUGUUCGUUACCCUGAUUAUGCUGGAGUUCAUAGUUAAGUGGACCCAAAAGGGACGUUUGUCAUCUUUGCUCAGUGAUAGUAUAACGUCUGUGUCCGCAGGUAUCUCCUCUCGACUGCCAGACAUUAUUUCUAGAAGUAUUGAAGUAUCAACAUAUGUCUAUGUGUGGAACAACUACAGAAUCAUAAAACUGCCAUGGGAUUCACCGUGGACAUGGUAUUUGACCUUAAUUGGAGUAGAUUUUGGAUACUACUGGUUUCAUCGCAUGGCCCAUGAGAUUAAUUUCUUAUGGGCAGGACACCAAACACAUCACAGUUCUGAAUAUUAUAACUUAUUCACAGCAUUAAGGCAGUCUGUUUUGCAAAAGUUUGGAUCAUGGAUAUUUUACCUCCCAAUGGCUUUUUGCAUUCCGCCUUCAGUAUAUGCUGUUCAUCUCCAGUUUAAUCUCCUUUACCAAUUCUGGAUACAUACAGAGGUCAUUGAGAAUCUUGGCCCACUGGAGUUUCUUCUCAAUACUCCUAGUCAUCACAGAGUUCAUCAUGGCAGAAAUCCUUAUUGUAUUGAUAAAAACUAUGGUGGCACAUUAAUUAUUUGGGACAGGAUUUUUGGUACAUUUGCUGCAGAAAAGGAUAAAGUUGUAUAUGGCCUAACACACCCCAUAAACACUUUUGAACCUUUGAAAGUUCAGUUUCAUCAUUGUAUUUAUAUGUGGAAUGUAUUCUGGAGCACCCCUGGAUUCUGCAAUAAGCUUUCAGUUAUAUUCAAGGGACCAGGAUGGGCACCAGGCAAGCCAAGACUUGGCCUUCUUGAGGAAAUUCCAGAAAUCACUGGAAAGGAAGUUCCUUUCAACUGCAAAUUGCGAAACUACAUGUAUAUCUAUGUAGUAAUGCAUUUUGUCCUAAUGUUAGGAUUUUAUAUUGACCUAUCUGCUUCCAAAUCUACGUUAUCACAGGUAACUCUUCUCAUGGGAGUUGGCUACAUUAUCCUGACAUUGACCUCCAUUGGUUUCCUUAUGGACCAAAGACCUGAAGCUGCUUUCUUGGAAUCUGCACGUUGCUCUGUUUUCCUUGCUCUGUACAAGCUUGGUUAUUUGGAAGUGCAUACUGUGCUUUUGUCAAUCACAUAUGAGGAUUGUGACAAGAUGAUAAAAUGCUUCUACUUUCCAAUUAAUCUUUUAAAGAAAAUAAACAGCAAAGGAGGUACUAUUUUCCCUCUGCAUUGCUUUUUGGGGACUACAGAUCAUGAAGCAACUCACUUCAAGGGCAGCAAAGCAACACUAAGAAGAAUUCUAUCAAAAUUUUAUUUUUUGUGGGGGAUAACAUUAAUCCCUUAUACAUAAUUCUGGCAGAGAUUUUUUUUUUCACCUGUUGAAAUAACAACAUAUCACCAAACCUAAGAUUAAUAUGACCCAAUUUCUUUAUUUGGGAACUUCUGAAUUUUCUUCUACGAAACAUGUGAAAUGUUUUGCCUCAAUUUCAUCUGUAUGCAAUGUUAUAUGUAAAUUGAACAAUUAUAUUAAUAAAAACUAAUUAUAUUGA